AUGUCUACGAUCACCGGAAACGCGCUGCAGUCGGGCCACCCGCCGAUCGUGCCACUGCCGUUCAAUGGCAACCAACCCGAGACAAUCAAGCUGUACCCGUUGUCAAACUACACGUUUGGCGUCAAGGAGACGCAGCCGGAAGAGGACCCUUCGGUGGUGGCGCGACUGCGGCGGCUCGAGGAACACUACACAGUCCACGGUAUGCGGCGCACGUGUGAAGGUAUUCUGGUAUGCCACGAGCACAACCACCCGCACAUCCUGAUGCUGCAGAUCGCCAACGCCUUCUUCAAGCUGCCGGGCGACUACCUGCGACCUGAGGACGAGGAGGUGGAGGGCUUCAAGUCGCGGCUGGACGAACGCCUAGCGCCUGUGGGCCGGCUCGGUGAGGGCGAGGAGGCCGGCGACUGGCAGGUCGGCGAGUGUCUGGCCCAAUGGUGGCGACCGAACUUUGAAACAUUCAUGUAUCCGUUUAUCCCGGCACACGUCACGCGGCCAAAGGAGUGCAAGAAGUUAUAUUUUAUUCAGCUGCCCAAGUCAAAAGUGCUAAGCGUCCCCAAAAACAUGAAGCUGCUGGCCGUGCCGCUGUUUGAGCUCUACGACAACACAGCCCGAUAUGGCCCCCAGCUGUCGGCCAUCCCCCAUUUGCUGAGCCGGUACAACUUUGAGUUCUAUGACGAGGAUGACAACGUAGUGGCUGCGACGCCAGGGUCAGGGGCGUCGCUGGGUGGCGAGGAGCUGCAGGCCAAGGUACUGGCGGGUGAGGACACCGACAUGAACACGGAGAAUGGUACACACUGA